AUGUCUGCCUCACUGCUAUAUCUUCUCGUGCCCGUCGGUGUUGGUGCCGGUCUGUACGUUAUUCGUAAGUUACGCGAAUGGAAAUGGGGCUGGGUGCGGAACAACGCAACGCUACGAGGCAAAGUCUUUAUCAUAACUGGUGCCAACACUGGACUCGGGUACGAGACGGCGCUGGCACUUGCCGCCCGCCAGGCAACGAUCAUUAUGGCAUGCCGGAGUAUGGAACGGGCGGGUGAAGCAAUCCGUCGCAUCCGUCAAAAGACGCCGGAAGGUGAGCUGAUCCCGAUCCAGCUCGAUCUCGCAUCGUUCGAUUCGAUCCGUGAUUUUAGUGAAGCGAUCAAGAGCCGCUACCCAUCGUUCGACUGUCUGAUCAACAAUGCCGGGCUGGCCAUGCAGACGCCGACCUACACGCAGGAAAACUACGAAAUCCAUUACGGCGUGAACCAUCUGGGCCACUUUCUGUUGGUGGAUUUGCUGAAGGAUAAUAUACGCGCCAAUGCAGCACGGAUUGUGGUCGUCUCGUCGAAGAUGCACGAACGGGCAAAGAUCGAUUUUGACAAUCUUGGCAAAUGGGUCGAACGUGGGCGUGGUGAGCGGACCAACACGCUGUACAACAAUUCCAAGCUGAUGAACUUUUACUUCGCCCGCGAACUGUACAAGCAGGGUUACAAUGUGCACGUGCUAUGUCCGGGCCUGUGCCAUACCGAUUUCUUCCGGAGCUACAACCCCAAAUGGUACCAUUACGUGCUGUUCUCACCGAUCGUGCUGCUGUUUUUGCGUUCCGCGCGUCAGGGCGCACAAAACAUCAUCCACUGUGCUACGGACAAUGUUAACACGGAGGAAAAGAAUCCAGUUACCGGAUAUUUUGUGACGAAUGUCGAACAAACCAAAUCCAAGAUGAAGUUCGACGAGGAAACGUCCGAGCGGCUAUGGCGUGAGAGCUUCAAGGCACUGAACGUCUAA